CUUGUCGAGUGAGUUAGAAUGUAGAACUAAAAGCGUCUAUAACCAUUUUGAAAUUCCGGCACUGGUUCGCGCGUGCGCACUGUCGCCACGAUUCUAACCUACAAUUAGCACGGUGCGUGAAAUGUGUGAUGUGUUGUAUGAUCUGAGGGUGAAGGCGUUUAUUGCUCCGAGACUUCGGAACGUAACCAAAAAAAAGGUGCAUCAAAUGACGAUUUAAAUUCCCGUUUGGAUAAGGUUAGCGCAAGUAGGCCGGAUUGUGUGUAUAUUGUAUGGAACUGGCUAGGAGAGGAGGGAUUUAAUAACGCGGUUAGAGUGUAAGUAUAUUGACUUUAUCGCGAAGCCAGGAAAAAUGAUUUAAUAUUCUUUUAUAUGCCAGAGUGAAAAAUCUAGAUGUGUAUAUGCCAUAUAACUCUCUUGAAUUGGAAGCAAAAGUCCAAAUAAAAAAAGUGCGUCAAAUAAUCCCCUAACAGAGUUGAACAUUUCAAGCAAGAAAAAUAUAAAAAAAACCUAUAUUUGACUCUAUCUAUAAAUGUAUAUUUGCAUAAAUUGUGGAACCGAGUGCAAAGAGCUUUUUAGGAGAUACUGCCCUAGUGUCCUGAAAAUUUUAAAAUGUGAGAAAUGUGGAUUGCUAGCUGACAAGUACAUCGAAUUCGAUCCUGUUAUAGUCUUCGUAGACCUGAUUCUGAUAGAAAAACCAGCUUACAGACAUCUUUUAUACAAUAGUAAUUUUAAGUCUUAUUGGAAAAUAGGUAUAAUAUUGUGGCUAACUGAAUCAUUCAGGGCCUGGUCUUUCUGCGACAUAAAGGAGACGGAACUGACUGCGUCGGAAGUGAAUUUAGUUAAUAACGACGCAUUACAAGAUCAAUGCAAUUUUUACAAUUUGCUGAUACACACAGCACUCGCCUUUACAGCGUUUAUUUGUACAGUUAUUGUAGUAACUGAAUUGAAAUGGUUCAUUAUUGGGAGGAAACCAUACAAAUACAGCACAAGAGAUCUAAGUCACGCUCUAAUUGUCGGAGGUUGCGGUAAAUUACUGGCAUUUCUGGGAAUAGUGUGGCGGCACAUAGCCUCGGGUCCGUACUACCUUCUUAUUCAAGGAUACACCAUUUUAUGUCUCUUAACUGCGUACUCAGUUGUCUGCAAGAGCGGAAGGGGAGGAUCUUUGAUUGGAUUAAUUGCUGGAUUUUUACUGUAUGGUUACAUAUGUACUUCCAUUUCUACAUUGCACCUAAAUAUUCCCAAUAUCACACUAACAUGACACAAAAUACCUGAUAA